UACACCGUAGCUGUAUUACUGUAGUGGUGGAGGUGGCGUUUAGCAGCACACAAGCUUGAGUUGAGCGCUCGAGCUAUUUAUGCCCGGUAACCGGAAGCGCUCUCCUCCGCACAGCACCGCUUCCACGGCCCCCGGGUGCAGUGUGCCCCCCUGCCUUGUCUCGUAGCUCUCUAAGAAAGAGCCAUGGAAGCUGACGCACUACUCCAUGCGCCCAUGACUUCCUCUUCCUCCUCUUCUUCCUCCUCCUCCGACUCCGUCGGCGGCUCGUGCGUCGUCAAUGGCGCGCAGGAGCUACCGUCCAAUACCGGCAAGCCGCACAAGAACGUGAAACGGAAGAGAACCGCGUCCCCGUCCGCUGCUCCAGGUGGCGGCGUGGCGCCGGCGCCGCCCGAGGCCGCCAUAGCGGACGACGACUGCGGCGGCCGGCGGCGCAAGAGGGGGAGCGCCGGCACCAGGCACCCGACGUUCCGCGGCGUGCGCAUGCGCGUCUGGGGCAAGUGGGUGUCCGAGAUCAGGGAGCCGCGCAAGAAGUCGCGCAUCUGGCUCGGCACGUUCCCGACCGCCGAGAUGGCCGCGCGCGCCCACGACGUGGCGGCGCUUGCCAUCAAGGGCCGCGGCGCGCACCUCAACUUCCCGCACCUCGCGCACGACCUCCCUCGCCCGGCGUCCACCUCGCCCGCCGACAUCCAGGCCGCGGCAGCCAAGGCUGCUGCCGCCGCCGCCGAUGCCGACGUAGAGGUAGAGCAAUGCGAGUCCUCCCAUGCGGUCGAGACGCCAUCGUCGUCAGCCGCCAGUUCGGAGGAGGUCGCCGCGGCCAGCAACGCGGAGGAGAUGAGCGUGCUGUUCGACUUGCCCGACCUUCUGAUGGACCUGAGCGACGGCCUCUGGUCACCCAUCUGGGCGGCAGCUCCGGCGGCGGUCGAAGAAUACGACGGCGGCGACAGCCUGAGCGAGCCGCUUCUGUGGGCCCACGAACACUGCUGGCUGGACGCCGCCGCGCCGGUGCAGCCGGACUAGCCGUUCCGUUCGGACGCACCGGCCGUCAACUGCCGGUGGUUGCCUGAAACGGACGACCGAUGCCACGUGCUUUUUGCUUCGUGUGUGCGUUGUGCAGGCUAGAGAGAUAGAAACGCAUGGUUUCCUGUGCCCUGUGUGGUCUCCGGAUGGCAAGUCGUUGUAGGAUGCGGUGAAACAGUGGCUUGCCUACUUGCCUGUAUGAACACACACUUAUAUAUAUUGGUUUCUAAUGACUUUGGCCAAAUUACAGUUGUAUAUGGUUGAGUACUUGGCUUCUAUUGUCAGUACGUACUGAAUGUAUGUAUAUUGUAAUGCGGAAAAUGAAUUAUAUGCAUUGAUCUUGUUGAGUUAAUUAA